ACUUCAAUGUUGGAAUUUGAAGAAGUGAACGACCAGCUCAAGCCUUUUCAUGCUCGAAAAUCUUUAAAAGAGAAACUUGCAGUAAUUGGAGGAAAAAGUCCUGCAAGUGUAGUGAAGAAAAUCCUAAAAAAGGUUCUGGAUAAGGAGUUCGGCAAGCAAUUUAGCUGGUACGGGGGGAGAGGAAAUUGCAGCUUGGGCUCCUCUCUUCUUGGAAAAAUAAUACUAGAAUCCGCUACUUCUAGUAAGACGUUACCCAUAACAGAAACAGACGCCAUUGACGCAGCAAUGUCUUGGCUUCGCCAUUUAAAGGAUAAGAAGACUAACGCUAAUUGAAACAUCAGCCCUAUCAACCGUGGUUUCCUCGAUCAACCAAGAACAUAACAUUUUAAUUAUUUUAGUUAUGAAUUUAGGCGAUUUCUUUAUUCAUUGUCUUUUCUUUUAAUUAACACAACUAAAUUGCAAUUAGCGGUUUUCGUGUUGAAUUUAUUCUGUUUGUAUUUAUUGUAAGAAAUACAGUUUAUC